AGGAGACAGGAGAUCCGCAGGAGCCAGGAGUUACCUCUCCUCCCCUUUUCUGUUUUUAAAGCUGCAUCUGCGAACACUUUUCCUGCAAAGCGUCUGGCUGCUCUUCCUCUCAGAGGUGUUUCUUUUUUAGAAAGUCUACCAAGGAUCUGAAACCAGGACGACAGAAAGCGAAAGCUCCCACCAGUUCUGCAAAUAUGAUGUCCAUGAACAGCAAGCAGCCUUUCAGUAUGCACCCCAUCCUCCACGAGCCCAAAUACAACCCUCUGCACAGCAGCUCCGAGGCCAUCCGCAGGGCCUGCCUGCCCGGACAAUCGCUGCAGGGCAACAUCUUCGCCGGCUUCGAUGAGACUCUGCUGCAGAGAGCCGAGGCUCUGGCCGCGGUGGACAUCGUGGCCCAGAAGAGCCACCCGUUCAAACCAGACGCCACCUACCACACCAUGACCACCAUGACCAGCAUGGCCUGCACCCCCAAUUCCUCCUCCGGGCACCUGCACCACCCCUCCGUGCUCAGCUCGCACCACCACCCGGGGCACCACCAGUCCGCGCAGGUUCUGGAUGGAGACCUGCUGGACCACCUCACACCGGGGAUCUCCCUGGGAGGCAUGUCUGGCUCGGACGUCUGUUCCUCGGCCUCGCACCAAGCGCACGCCGCCCACAUGUCGGCCAUCAACCAGCACAUGCAGCACCACCACCACCAGCAGUCCAUGAACAUGCACCAGCACGCGCUGUCCCACAGCUCCCUGGGGUCCGGCGGCUUAGAUUCAGAGCCAGACCCCCGGGAGCUGGAGUCUUUCGCCGAGAGGUUCAAACAAAGGCGGAUCAAACUCGGGGUGACACAGGCAGACGUGGGCUCCGCGCUCGCAAACCUUAAGAUCCCCGGGGUCGGGUGUCUGAGCCAGAGCACCAUCUGCAGGUUCGAGUCCCUGACGCUGUCGCACAACAACAUGGUGGCCCUGAAGCCCAUCUUGGAGGCCUGGCUGGAGGAGGCGGAGCGGGCGCAGAGGGAGAAGAUGAACAAGCCGGAGAUAUUCAGCAGUGGGGAUAAGAAGAGGAAAAGAACGUCAAUUGCAGCCCCGGAAAAGCGUUCCUUGGAGGCUUAUUUCGCCGUGCAGCCGAGGCCCUCGUCGGAGAAAAUCGCAGCCAUCGCGGAGAAGCUGGACCUGAAGAAGAACGUGGUCCGGGUUUGGUUUUGCAAUCAGAGGCAAAAGCAGAAACGAAUGAAGUUUUCUGCGACGCACUAGGGUCUCUGUCCCGUUUACACAAAGACAAAUCAGAGGCAAGAUGCUGCUGCUGCGGCACACUGUCAGAAAAACACGAUACACCGGGGAGCCUGCUGGCCUCGUGCGCACUUAAAAAAUCCAUACUAACAAGUCACAUUUUAUUAAGUUUUUCGCCUUCAAGAAUUCAAAUGAACCUUCAUCGAAAACGUAUAAUAUGCUGUUUCUCCUCAAUGGCUGAAUUCGCUGAAGAAAAAUCACAUUUUGGACAAAUAAGGGACUAAAUGUCUUCAUUACAGUGUUGACCAUCUCGCAAAGGAGCUGUGGGAAUGUGUUCCCAGAAAGUAUUCAACGAAGCGCAGAGAAACAGCUUCACGUCUCUGGAGUUUUCAGGCCUAUAUUUCCGAGGACGUGGGACACCUGACGACUUUGAUCCACUCAGUAUAACCAGGAACUGUUUGUUGUUAUUGUUUUUGGAAGGUUCAGCCUAACGCAGCUUCACAGACCACUGGAUUCAAUGGUGUAUCUUUUUUAUUCUGACAGUGGAGACGGAGCAUCGGGACUAUAGGAGAAAGACUGAGAUCCUGUCCAAAAACUCUCAAAUCUUUAUGUUUCUCCACAGAAUUCUCUCUGAGACACGCUAGAAAAGUGAUCAUCAGAAAGAGAAGGGGAACAUUGCUCCGUCCCAUUCAUUCAUUCAUAUGGCAAUUAUUGUACAAAAAAUAAUCAUAAUAAUGACGGGAAUCGAGGAAAAACUGACCUCGUUAGUCCGAAUAGCUUUUUUAUAUUUAUCAUUGUACAUAUUUGUGAAUAUGUUGCACCUCCGUGUGUGGAAAGCUCAUUGAAAUGUAUUGGAUUUUCUGUCUUUUCUCCCAGGUGUUUGUUUCUGUAGGGAAUUCAAUAGUUUUUUGGGACAAAUCGAGUAAAAAUGGCUAAUUUAUGAGGCACACUAACUGUAAUCCAUUGCAUGGUUUACUCGUAAAAGGGGAGAGGGGUUAUUUUUUCUCCAAAAAUAUGAAAAUAACCCCCCUAAAAGUGAAUGCAUUGCAAUAAGAGAGAGGCACACAAACACACGCACGACACAUUCACACGGUAUAGCUGUGUGGCUACCUCAUUACGCAAGUGUUGGCACGUUCAUGGUGAUUUAAAAACACACGCAAACACACACGCUUAAAAAGAAAAAGAAAAAAAGACUAGUAGGAACAUUUUUGUUUGUUUUGAAAUGUGUUUUUUUCCUUUUUGUUGUUUCUGACACCAGUUUAAUGGCGAAUUAGGCCUAGACAAAUUCACUGAUGUGUAAACCAGUUGUAUAUGUUCACUGCAAGGAUGCUUUGACAAUCAAAUUAUUAUUAUUAUUAUUAUUAUUAAUUUGUUUAUCCCCCUUUUGUCCUCAUGCAAUGUAUUAUUAUUAUUAUUAUUAUUAUUAUCUCUGACACCUUUGUGGAGCGCACUUUGUAGAUAAUCCAAUGAAGGGAAAUAGUCGGCCUUAUUUAUUUAUUUAUACAUUUUUUUCAACACUUCUGAGAAAUGUCAUGUUUUGUUUUAUUUUCUUUAUACUGCCCUUUAUUUAUUUAUUUAACUUAAUUUAUUUUGGAGGGGAAACAAAUCAUAUUUCAUUUGUGAAAGUGUGCUUUAAAUGUGUCUGUGUA